UCUCCUUACCAGGUAGCGAACUGAGAAGAUAAACAUCAGUUAAUAACUGGAAACGUCUUAGCAGUUUGUGUCGGUAUUUCUCUCUGACAGCAGCGUACAUGGUCUAAACCUUAAAUCCCCAGUUGAAAAAGCCAUGUUGAUGAUUUCCUCGACUCUCUCUUCCACAAGCAAGGCAUAUUUUCCCGGAAUUUGCUCUGCUCAAACUAGGCAAAUAAAGAAUUGCUGUUCAAAUCACAGCUUGGGAGAUGACAGGACACAGCAUGGUCAUACAUUACAUUGUGACAGUAACUUGAGGCGGAGGCUUAUCCUUUUCGUUUCGUUCACCACAGGCUUGUUUCCAACAUCAUCUUCAUUUGGAAAGACAAAGAGUAAGAAUCCAUAUGAUGAGAGGCGUUUGCUAGAACAGAACAAGCGGAUACAGAGAGAAAACAAUGCACCUGAAGACUUUCCCAAUUUCAUUAGAGAAGGUUUUGAUGUUAAGGUAGUAACAGCCGAGAAUUAUGCCAAAUCUGACUCGGGACUUAUAUACCGAGAUUUCGAAGUUGGUAAAGGUGAUUGCCCAAAGGCUGGUCAACAGGUGACUUUCCACUACGUUGGCUAUAAUGAGUCUGGCCGUCGGAUUGACAGUACAUACUUGCAAGGCUCUCCUGCAAGAAUCCGCAUGGGAACUAAUGUCUUGGUACCAGGAUUUGAGGAAGGAAUACGCGACAUGAAACCUGGUGGAAGGAGACGAAUAAUCAUUCCACCGGAACUCGGACCACCAGUAGGACCUUCCACCUUUUUCAGCUCAAAACAAUUUGAAGUUUUUGAUGUGGAACUUCUGAGCAUUCAGAACUGCGAAAGGAGGACUAUCGCAUUUUACUCCGAUUUUGUAUGCAAUUGAAUGAUGGGGCUGCAUCAUCCAUAUUGAAUCUUUGGGGUUUCUUCAUUUUUUUCAAAUCGAAAUUCUGAAUGAAGAGUUCAAAUUAGUAAGGCAAGCAGCAGUCGGUUCCAGUAGGAUCUGUUUGGAAGAACAUUGCUAUAGAAAUUGGAAAUUUGAAUCAAAUACCAUGUUGUUAUGCUCGUAGAUUGAAAAAAAAAAUUAGCUUUAUUGUUCAGCUAUGUCUCUUUUCAAUAUACCAAAUUGAUCUUUAGUAAUCAAUAACGCUCCAGGUGUUAUGUUCCGAAAAGGAAUGUAAAAGAAUUCAACUGAGGGGGUGUUCAUAUAAUAUAAUGGUAUCAUGGUAUCAUUCUUAUAUUCA